AUGGGUCUCAGGUCCGGACGGGCUGUACUGAUAGUUCCUUACGUCUGCGGCUGGGUCGCCUCAUUCGCGGCCUCAGUGGCCGAAUUGCACGGAUUAGCAAUGGCGGAGAUGUUGGGAUGGUUGCGGGACUUUCUUUCACGGAGACGGCAUCUGGAAAUUGAUACGCUUAAGUAUCUGAAACCGCGGUGGCCCCUCGUAACAGCGGUGUUCCACGCGUGCGGUGUCUUGCGACUAAAGUUUGGGAACCCUCCUUCGCUGGCACCACCUUUUAUGAGGGCUCUCUCCCCAGCGCCUCAGAAAAGCCGACAGCUUGUGCACGCGGUUACGGUUGCAGUUAACCGACAAGGGCACAAAUGGGUCAAAUGCCGCUUCACUGGGGGUAUUGGGCAGCUUUCCAGAGGAUCCAAUCUAAACGCCGAUAGCCACCUUCUGGGGUGCGGGUGUUACAGGUUUCUCCAACAGAUCCCAACUCAACAAAAGGACUCAGGGGGGGGCGUGGGACUCGGGAGGUGCUGCCUGUUCAACACCAUCAGUAGCAGUGUCUUCCAGGACCUCUAUAUACACAAACUCCUCAGGUGGUGUCUGAACCUCCUCAAUUUCAUCCAGAAAACCCUCUGCUGCUUCGUCUUGGGCAGCAGCAGAAGUGUCAGCAGAUGUGUCUUCUGUUGGGGACUGGAUCUCCUCUGUCUGGAUGGAGUCGUCUUGAGCUACAGAACAUUCCUGGUUCUGCUGUGGCUCGUCAACCUUGGGGACCUCCUCAAGAACAUCAGUCUCUAG